AUGGCUGUGUCUUCCACCGUGGACCCUCUGGACGGAAUAUCUGGGGAACUGGCGGAUGACAGGUAUGGACUCAAGGCAGUAUUGGUGAUCUUCAUCGCGCUCGCCUGUUACAAUGUGUUCGAACUGGUGGUCCUCGUGCUAUCGACAUUCCGCCACUGGAAAGGACUAUAUUUCUGGAGUCUCUUGCUUUCCGGCUGCCUGGGCGUCGUUCCAUACUCAGUUGGCUUUCUCUUGAAAUUUUUCAGCGGCGCGGAUUCCACAUUUUCUGUCACCAUCCUCACGAUUGGCUGGUGGACAAUGGUCACUGGGCAGGCGUUCGUCCUAUAUUCCCGUCUGCAUCUGGUGAUUCGAGACGAACGCAUGCUCCGUCGAGUGCUGUACAUGAUAAUCGCGAACAUAUUCCUGUUGCACGUUCCCACAACAAUCUUGACUUACGGUUCCAACAUUUUCCACAGAAAUCCACUCUUUGUCAAAGGAUAUAAUAUCAUGGAAAAGAUCCAGAUGACCGGCUUCACGGUCCAGGAGAUAAUUAUCUCAGGCUUAUAUGUCUGGGAAACAACCAGAAUGCUCCAUCUCGGCUCCAACCGCGAAAACCGAAAAAUCAUGCAUCAGCUUGUGGGUAUAAACGUGUCGAUUGUCAUCAUGGACCUGGUUUUGCUCGGACUCGAGUAUGCCAGUUACUAUUCAGUUCAGAUAACCCUCAAAGGCGUGAUCUACAGCAUCAAGCUAAAGCUUGAAUUUGCUGUGCUUGGAAAGCUGGUCGAUGUAGUCCAGGGAAACAGACGCCCGCAUCUCAUUGGGAGCCCAAUCCAUUUACCCCCCCUCCAGUCUGGUCACAAUCCAGGCGCAAUGUCACUAGCAGUUCCUGGGGGACUGAGCUUUUGUCGCACCUCGGUGAUCAACGCCACCUCCAAAGAGCGGGGAGGUACCGCACAUAUUGAGGUCCCCGAGGAUAAAAUAUUGGCCAUGACGGAGGUUUCAACUUGGGUUGAGCGGCGUCCAAAAGACAAGAUUACUGAAGCGGCCUAA